AUGUUGUCCACCACCAAUGAAUCAACGAAACAGCGAUCAUGGUGGUCCAGGUACACCUUUAAGAUGCAUCCAAUACACCAGUUGGUACUGCUGGCGGUUGGAAGAAUACUCGUGCACCGUGACUCUGUCGUUCUAGGCGUGAACGCUUACGCUCGAGCCUCUGCCCCACCGACGUACCGAUCCGGUCCACCGCCGGCACCGGUCUCGGCUUCUUCUUUCACGUACACUCCUCAAUCUACCAAUCCACGGAUAGAAUUGUUACUGGAUCGAACAGUCCUUUUGUACGAUCGAGCUUCAUCGCAACAACGGCAGUCAUACGAAUGGAUGAUCGAUCAGUUGACAUCACUGAUUGUGUAUCUCGGUCAACUGUUGAGUACACAAUCCAUGGCGCAAUCGGCUGGUCCCACAGCACAACAAAUGGCUUUGCAAAUAGAAAACGCCUUACUACGGGACAUGGACGAAGAGCCCAUUGAGUCGCUCGUAGAAUCAUUGGGAAGUUUGAGACAAACGUCCAGGGAUCUUCCGUACCGGGAUAUAUCUUCCGAGCUGCAAGCCGUCGAGUUGCAAAUUCAAGCCUUUCAACGAGUGCUUGUAUCUACGCAGCCAUUGCCGGAUACUGGUGACACCCCCUCGUGGUUCCGAGAAUAUUCUGGUCAGGGACGAGGGAUGGCAGAUAUGGGCGGUACGCAAACUUUGGUCGACGGCAAUGCAAACCGCGACAAGCAAUGGUCGGACAUCAUUCGAGUGGGAAUGCAAAUUGAAGAAGCCUCGCAGAGAGGAGUUGACCCUUCCACAAUAGAAAGUCUAGUGGACGCGUAUUGGCGAGGCGACGAAAAGCAGAUUGACACUCUUUUUGAAACCAUGGAACAAGAGGUGGAAGCGGCCGAACGACGGCGUCCUGCGAAAUUCGUUGUUCCAGCGUCCGUUUCGGCUGUAGCCAAGCAGAUCGAGGACGCACUUCUAAUGGAAGGGGACAGUGAUCCGAUUGAAGCCUUGCUAAAAGCUAAUCGGCAAAAGACAGCAUCGGUAUCGUCGCUAUCUGAAUCAGCCACAAUAGAAGUUCCGGAAUCUGAUGUAGCGGCAGCACCAGCGACUACUCCAGGCAAUUUGACAGGAGCUCCCCAAUUGACCACUGAUAUAAAAGCAAAGCCAGGCUUUUUGGUCGCAACAAAAGAAAACGCGAAUACGCAAUUCGAUGCCCAAUCCGAUGAGUUAAAUGUUUUUGUCGAAAAGUACUACGAUAGCAAAUAUGACUUUACAAAGGCUGAUCCGAAAGACUCUGUAAAAAUGAUUGGUUUGGCUUUGGAAGAAGCGAUGGAAAAGGGUUAUGAUUACGAUCAGAUUCGAGCUUUGGUAGAAGCUUAUGCUGUUGCCAAGCAACUCAAUUGCCGCGAGGAAGAAAGAAAGGCGACGACUCUCAAAGAAUAUGCGCCAACCUCGAUCGCUCCCGGAACACUCUCACAACCUAAGGGUCAAGCAAAAAGAGCCAUAUAUAGUCCCUUCGAAGAUUUAAUACGGCAAACACAGCAAUAUUUGGGAGCAGGGGGGAAUUCACAGUCAAUUGUGAAUAAAGCUACAGGCCAGGCUCCUGCGACGGUACGGUCGAAGUCGCUCUUCCCUUCAUUUUUUGGAUCGUCACAGGUCCCGAGUCGGAAUUUCAAAGAUCGCAAGGUCUCCGUCCCCAAUGGCAUAAUAUCGACAUCUCUGUCGCCGAAGCCGAAAGAAGAUGGUGCGUCAAGGACCACGAUCCAAGCACCACGGGAAGGUAAAAAAGCCUCUUUUGAUGCGCGUACCAUGCUCGGCAUAAAACCUGCCACGAAUUCGCGAAGGGUAAAGCCGGUGUCUGAGGAAUCCUAUGCCGUGCAACAGUUUCGCAUCGAAGUGGAGAAAGCAGAGAGGGCCAUGCGAACUGCUCGAAUUAAUAAGCCACGAAUGUCCAAAGAAGAAGAAGAUCGACGCCGAGCCGCCGAUCGGCGGAGAAGGCGGAGACAGCGAGCGUCUCCCUUCUAUUUCGCUGAGGUAUCCAGCACUGAGACUGCACCUCCCGGUCGGCGAUCUGGGCCAGGCGUUCGAGGGCAAAAAAGUAAUCGAAAUAAUCCCGAGGUGAUUCAGUACGCACGUCGAAUGAAAGAAAUAAUGCGAGCGCGCCAGAGAGAUGCAAAUCAGAGGGCGCAGCGCAAGUUAAUGGAAAAGCGAGUCGAAGAAAGAAAGAAGCUAGAACAGAUGCAACAAUUUUCAUCAGAUAUUUCUUGGACGGUCAAGCAGGGCAUGGGGACGAUCGAAGACUUUGUUGUAUCUAGUGGGGCAUUUAUUCAGAAGGUAAUGAAUACUCCCAAGGAAGUUAAUGCUCUUUUGGAGCAAAAGAGAGGCAUCUCACAAUCAAUGCGGCCGCCAAAGUUCGCAACGACCAUUGGGCCCUCUAAUAUACGGACCCAAGACCCAUCUCCCUACUUUUUUGCUGAGGUUGUUGGCAUAGAACGGUCUACGACUGAGCAGAUUGCAGAAGCAGUUUUUCGCGCUAUACGACUCAAAGAUGCUGUAGUAGAUGUUGCAGUGAAGAGCGGGCCAAUUUUGAAGAAUGGUGCUGAGCUGAACUUAUGGGCUUGGAAACAGCUUUCAGAAGCCCUUGAUAAAAUAAAUCAAGGCGAGCCAAUCAUUCCGAAACGAAGAAAAAAUCUAGGCACCGACGAAAAUAUAGAUCAGGCAGCUCCAACAGAAGGUACGCAAGCAGUAAAUCUGCACGGCGAACCAUGGAGCAAUCUUGCUCGAGAAUGGGAUGAACGGAAUACUGAUUCGGACGACCACUUUCCACUUGAUCCAGCGCCGCCUGUGACACAGCCUCCACUACCGAAAUUCGACGUCGCUCCAAUGGAGAGCCAAGAGUGGGCAGCCAGUGAGAGCAAUCGCGAUCCAGUUCUAAGCAAUGGGGUUCACAGUACUUCAUAUCGGGAUGCCGCUACAGACACAGGGGAAUGGGGAUGGCUCGCUGGUCCCUGGGCGAACUCAGAAUUAGCUGGAAAUCAGGAAGGAGGUGGUCAGCAAGUAGACGUUACUUACAAUGAUUUGGCUAAGGAGUGGGCUGCGCGAAACAGUGAUGAAAAUUUUGAUGCACCCUUUGGUCGAUCUUCGUCGGUACUGGCGCCUGAUUCUAUGGGCAAUCGAGAUGCCAAUGGCCGGAAUGCGAAGUAUUCAGACUCAAGGAAACCAAGCACUUCUUCUUAUUUGGGAGACCUCAUGGAAUGCACAACCGAGGAAGAAAUAGUACAGAUGUGGGGACAAGUUUAUAGAGUGGAGUAUAUUCAACGAAGAGCAAAUUAUGUGGCCGAAAAGUCGUUUCCCGAGUCGAUAGAUGAAAGCGACGAUUUUUGCGCAGAUGCAGUGUGUUCGCCGGAGUCGUUACGUGAGCUAGACUCUGCUACUAAUGGGGAUUCUUCUUGCCAAGCGGGAGCGGCUUCGGCAGAGGAGGUGGAUUUCACCACAAAUGCCUCUGUACGGGCUCCGCAACAGCCACUCUGGAAAAACUUGGCCAACGAAUGGUUAACGAUGAAUCAGGACUCGGCAGAAAAACAAAUAGACGUGUAUACGCAACGCGAGAAGGGUCGCAAUGAAGAACUAUCCCCCAGCGGGUCAAAAAGUGGAUCAGGUCAUCAAGGUUCAGCUCUAACAUAUAUUGAAACACCAUGGCAGGAGCUGGCUGAAGAAUGGAACUCAAUCAACAAUGACUCUUCCUCUCUGUAAACAUUCACAUAAAUUUAAGAGACUUCAA